AAACUGGAGGAGCUGAGAAAGAAUUGGAGAAAGUCAGGGUAACGGAGAGUCAGCACUUCAUCCAACUAUUCCCUGAGAGAUCCCUGUACUCUGCACUCAGGACUUCAGCUUUUGCGGGGUUUCAGAAGACAAGCAAUAAAGCCAGAGAAGGAUGACUUUGAAUGUGACCAUGCGUCGCAGCACCACCACAGCCAAUGCACAACAGCGAUGGAGCAUCCCGGCGGAUGCAAAGAACCUUCAGGCUCAGAAGAAGCAGCAGCACUUCAACCUCACCCGCAAAUACACCAUCAAUUACCCGGCCAUCAAUAACCCCACCAUCAAUAACCCAGUGGAGUAUUACCGGAGAAGCUGGUCAUCGGAUUCUUCUGACUCGGUCAUCUCUUCUGAGUCUGGGAAUACCUACUACCGGGUUGUGCUCAUUGGGGAGCAAGGAGUUGGAAAGUCUACGCUGGCUAAUAUAUUUGCAGGGGUGCCUGAUUCUGUGGAUGGUGACUGUGAUAUGUUAGGAGAAAACACCUAUGAAAGAAACUUGAUGGUGGAUGGAGAAAGUGCAACUCUGAUAUUAAUUGAUAUGUGGGAAAAUAAGGCUCAAGACAACUGGAUCCGUGAGCAGUGCAUGCAGGUUGGAGAUGCCUACCUAAUUGUCUACUCCAUCACUGACAGAGCAAGCUUUGAGAAAGCCUCCGAGUUGCGCAUACAGCUCCGUCGAGCUCGGCAAACAGACAACAUCCCCAUUAUACUUGUGGGCAAUAAAAGUGACCUUGUCCGUUGCCGAGAGGUCUCUGUAUCAGAGGGCAGGGCAUGUGCUGUGGUGUUUGACUGCAAGUUCAUCGAGACGUCGGCAGCCGUCCAACACAAUGUGAAGGAACUCUUUGAAGGGAUUGUGCGGCAGGUGCGUUUAAGGCGAGACAGCAAGGAGAAAAACCAAAGACGACUGGCCUAUCAAAAGAGGAGAGAAAGUAUCCCCAAGAAAGCCAGGAGAUUCUGGGGGAAAAUUGUAGCCAAGAAAAACAAAAACAUGGCUUUUAAGCUGAAAUCGAAAUCUUGCCAUGACCUAUCGGUACUAUAAAUGUAACCAGGAUAUACCAACCAGAGCAAAAUAAGUUAAAGUGAUGGGAAAUCAUUUAGCAAUUUUGCCAACCAAUAAUCAAUCUAUAUUAGAUUGGACAUGACCACAAUUUACUUGUGCUUUCCUCAGCCAUGGAUGCUACAGCAGCCGACUUGCGUUAUCUCCAGCCACGACAUUCAGACUUGCCAGUGGGCUGACUGUUUGUUCAGAGAAACAUUUCCUUUCCUUUGGGAUUUUGUAGUUUUUGUUUAAUUUUGAUCAUUUAGGAAUGGAGCACUAAAUUGCACUGAAGAACUCCAACGUACGGCUGUCAGUCUGCAUUGCCAUCAGAGGGAGAAACCAUCCAAUAAUUAUUUCCUCAUGUCAUAUUUAUAUUGCCUUUUGUACAACAUCUGAAAAGAUUUUUAUAUGCAACUCCAGUUCCUUAGGGGGAAAAACUAUGCAAGAUAAUUUGCCAUGCAGCUAACAGAGCCAAUGGGAGGCGUCUAUGAAACAUCAUCAACAGCAAGAGGGCUCCAAGCUGCCCGUGCCUUAUCUAACAGUAUCUUAUGCUAACACUUAUUUAUAGAAAUAUUACUAACAAACACCAUACACACCCAGUUUCCCGAAAUUCUACUUCGUGCUACACAGAAGACAAUAUUUUUAUUUAAAAAUAUUUUCGACCCCCUACUCCAAUAUUUUUUAUACUUGAUUAUUUUUGUCAAAAUCAAAAUUCCGUUCUUUUAUCUUAAAAAUAAGUGCACUCAUUUUACACUACGUGACAUUACAACUGCCUUUUUAUACUCUUCUGUGUCCAUAAAGCUUUCAUGGGUGUUACAAGAUUACUGGGGUAAAUGGGGCAAGAUUUGAAGAAGAAUGUAAUAACUAGUGUAACUUUUUCCAGGUUUAGUAAUCCAAAGUAGACAUUGGAAUCAAAGACCUGAUGGCCUGAUCACUUUAAUACCAUUAUUUAAUAUUUAAUUCCAUGGCAAACCUCCCGUGCCACUUUUUCCAGAAUAUGCACAAAGAAUCAUAAACCAGAUGUAUUCUUUAACUGGUAAAAUAUACCAGUAUGGCGACUAUCUAUUUAUUAUCUUGUUUCCUGUUAUGUUUCUUAUUCAUUUCUAUUUGUUUUUGAUUCCUUUUUUACCUGGUACAUUAUACAAUGAAAAAUAAAGAUAAAUCAAACUUUA